AUGCGCCCGACUCCCAUCUCGUACCGUGUCCAGCCUGCGUUCCAGCCUCACGUUGGUCGAUUCACUCCCGCGGCCGCCUUCAAGUGGGCACCAACACUCGCUCUCUGGGGCGGUGCCGGCGCCGGUGCCGUCAUGCUCUUCAUGUCGAGUGUCCCCCUCUUCAAGAAGGAUGUGCUGAUCAAGCUCCCAGUCAUCGCUCCUUACUUUGAGGACAAGACUCACCCUGCAGACAACGCCUUCUGA